AUGAGUUUUUCUACGAAACGAAAGGCCAAGGUCAUCAAGAUCGCCGAUGAGGACUCCAGCGAAAAUGCCCCUUCAGCAGCAGGUGGCCACAGUGCUGGUAGCGAUGAACCCGUCAAACCAGUAUUUGGCGCAAAAGCUGGCCGUAAACCAUUUCGACAGUCGGGGCUAAGGAAAAGCUUCAAUCCUGCUGAUAGCGAGGGCCUGGGAGAUGCACCAGCCGCGAACGACGACGAGGAUGAUGGACCAGUGGUGGUUCGACCAGCGAUUAGUCGAUCGGGAUCUUUGAAAGGAAAGAAAAAAUCCAGUAAAUCUUCACGGCUUUCCUUUGGUGGAGACGAAAGCGCUGCAGGAGAUGAUGAGACAACCGAGGUAUUCACCCCCAAGAAACUGCCAUUGGGACGAGCUUUGGAAAACAGUGCUAUCAAAAGAGGACUGGGCACGAAGGGCCUUCCCAUGAGGACUGUUGGGGAUGACGACGACCGACCCAAAUACAGUAGAGAAUACCUUGAAGAGCUACAAUCAUCAACACCAAAUACUCCACAAAGGCCGUCAACACUGCCGCCCGAUGACGCCGAUCUCAUGGACCUGGAUGCUUCUGAACUUGAAGGCGCGGUUGUCGUUGAUUCGUCAGAGUUCAACCAACCACAACCAACGGCUAUUCUAACAGAAGCCGAGAUUCUAGAAAAGAAGGAACGGCGUAAACGAUUAGCUCUGGAGAAGGAUUUUCUAUCGGUUGAAGAUGAUGAAGAUCCCUUUGGUCGCAAAAAGAAGGAUGAUACACGGUUAAUAGCCGAGGACGAGGAUCUCGGUGAAGGGUUCGAUAAUUACGUUGAAGACGGUGGGCUUUCCUUGGGGAGACGUGCCGAAAAGGAGAGGCGGAAACAAGAUCGCAAGAUGAUGGAAGAGCUCAUCACAGCUGCCGAAGGACACACUUCAGAUUCCUCCUCCGAUAGCGAUGCCGAGAGACGAAUCGCAUACGAGGCUGCACAGACACGCGCAGGUAUGGACGGUCUGAAGAAGCCUCGAAAAGAUCCCAGCCAGGACUUGUUACAGGCGCCACCCAAGAUAUCACCUCUACCAAGCUUGACGGAAUGUCUAGCUCGUCUGCAGACUACGUUGAAGGGUAUGGAAGAGGCGAUGAAGGGGAAGCAAAACCGUGUUGAGAAACUGAAGAAGGAACGCGAGGAUAUUGUGAAGAGAGAGGGGGAGGUACAAGCUCUGCUGGAUGAGACGGGUAAGAAAUAUCAAGAAGCUAUGGGACAAGGAAAGGUCGUUGAAGGGAAGGGCGUGGAAAUCCCAGCAAAUGCGCCCGUGGAAAUGGUGGGAGCUAGGGGGCUCGAGACACUUGGUACGCCAUCAAGGAAACCCGAGGAAGAGGAGAUUUGA